AUGCCCCACCCGCCGCUGAUGCUCCACCCGCUGCUGAUGCUCACACUGCUGCCGCUGCCCCCACCACCGCUGAUUCUCCCGCUGCCGCCGCCUCUACCCACCGCUGAUUCACCCGCUGCUGAUGCCCCACCCGCUGCUGCUGCCCCACCCGCCGCCGAAUACCCGCCACUGAUGCCCCACCCGCUGCUGAUGCCCCCACCCGCCGCCGAUGCCCCACCACCGCUGAUGCCCCACCCGCUGCCGAUGCCCCGCUCACUGCUGAUGCCCCGACCCGCUGCCGAUGCCCCACCCACCGCUGAUGCCCCACCUGCUGCUGAUGCCUCCACCUGCCGCUGA